CGCAUCGGAUGAUUUGUAGAUCGACCGGCUGCAGCGCUCACUCGCGGUGAAACCGAAGGUCACCUCAUCUUGUCUCGACCAACUCUGUGUGGAUACGGAGUUGUUCUGUGACCAUUCAAUAACGCAAUGGACGGUUAUGACAAUUUAAGUGCGUCGGAGAAAGCGGAGGCGACGGAGCUCCAGCGUAUGAUCGCCAUAGAGCAACAGAAGGCGCAGUUCCAGGCACAGGUGCACACUUUCACUGAUGUCUGCUGGGACAAGUGCGUGGACAGUCCAGGCUCAAAGCUGGACUACCGGACAGAGACGUGCCUGCAGAGCUGCGUUGAACGUUUCAUUGACACCACCCUGACCAUUACUAACCGCUUCACGCAGAUGGUGCAGAAGGGCGCUCAUUAAUAAUGGACUAAAGAUGCCAACAGGACUGUGUAAUGACAUAGAUAAAAAUGUAUUCCUUACGUGUUGCUGGAAGAUAUUGUGAAGAGGACAUGUUUUUUAUAACUUACUGUUUUAAGUUUUUGACUUGUGGUCCUAACUGGAAACUCUGGUUGUAGCUGCAAAUGGCAGCAAGAAGUAUCAUGUAAUGUGACAAUAGUAAAGUGACACACAGUACGCUCACACUCAA